AUGGCCAUUUUGAGGUUGUGUGUUUCUUGUAGAGUUGGUGCACAAUCUGCCCAAGAUGAAGAAGGCCGUGAAGGUGAGUUGCUCUUCUUGAAGAUUAAAGCGCAGUUGGAGGAUUUGCUGUCUGAAAGCCACCUGGCAGAGGACGGCUUCCUGCUGAAGCAUGUGCAGAAGAACAAGCGUGACUACGUCAGUCUCAAGCUCCUCACUUGUUUAAAAAAGAUAAAGGCCCUGACCACAGACUGGCACACGACUCGAGCAGCAGCAGAGUCCUCAGAACUUCUGGAGGUGAACGAUGAAUGCACCAUAGUGAGGCGGAUCGAGCCGCUUCCCCAAUGGCUACUGUGUUCCCUCACCAGCAAGCACCUCCUAGCCUGGAACAUUUCUAUGAAGACAACAACUGAAGAACACACAGCGCCUCAAGACCAGGAGCAACCUUUCCUCUCCAUGAGUAUGCUCCAGAAGUUUAGCCCUUAUGGCAGUAUUAUUUCACUCUGGAUCCUGUAUCCUGGUAAAACGCUUCCCAAUGAACUGCAGUGCUAUGCCAAGUGUCACAAAGAGCUCGGCCAACAUUUGUGUGCAGUUGUGAGGUUUGAUCAUUUGGACGAAGUCCGUAAGGCCUACAACGCCCUGAGAGCAGAGGAGAAAAAGUCUAACGGUGAGGGCAUGUGUGUUGUACCUUUGGGAUUCCAGUCAAUGCACCACGUCACCAAAGACGAACCAUCAGAGGAAAACAACGAGGACCAACCUGAGGACCCUCCUUCCCAGGAAAAUCCACCUGAAACCUCACAGGAUCCAGUCCAGGAGGAACCCUCCGCGCCAGUUAAAGUUUCUGACACAUGUCAGCCCCAAAAGCCCUUGGAUAAUUCCAUGCAAAGAACCUUUGAGCAGAUCUCCACCAGCCAUAACAGCCAGUUCUCCUCCGGUUGGAAUCAGAGGUACAGUCAGAGGAGCUGGUGCUCUGGAGAUUGUGAUAAUGAGAAUUCUCAGAGCCCCUGGGUGCUGAGUCGCAAAUCUGCAGCCAGUGCAUUAAACCCCAAGGUGGCUCGGCACAGGAAUGCGUCUUACUUGAUGCAAAGAGUGCUUCGUCAGCCCUACGGCCCUGACGGCACCAGGGGCUUUCACAGCAGAGGGAAGCCGCCGCACCAUGAAGUGCUCAAACGCUCCCUUGGAAGUAUACACCACCUGUGCUGAAUAACAGAGGCAGAUGUCUGGAGCAACAAGAUGCAAACAU